GCGGGCGCUGGGCCGCGGCGACACGCUGGGCCCGGGCUGCUGAUGGCGGGACGGAUGAAAUUUCUCGGCGUUUUGCCGCUGAAUGGCCGAUUCGCCUUCAUAGUUUGGGCGGCUUUUGGGUUUUCACUCACGCACUUUUGUACGGCAGUAACGGAAGGAAAUGGAAGAAUUGUCCACAUUAAAGAAGGCAAAGUCCAGUGCUCCAAUGAACUGAAUCACUUUUGCUUUAAGAAUAAAAUGUCUCCCGGUUGGAGAGAGAUUUGGACACGGAUUCAGAUCCGAGUGAACAGCUCUGAGAAAUUUAAAAUCAAACAAGUGGAUGAUGAAAUGGAGAUGGAAGAUCCAGGAGUGUGGAGUUGGAUCGUGGAUUCAGCCACAUCGAUGCUGAAGGAGAGAGUGAAUGAAACGUACCUUAAUGUUGAUUUGUUCAGCAACAAAACUUGCUUUAAGGUGGAACCAAGCAGUAAAGUGGAUUAUGACGUCCUAUUAACACGCCGUUUUGAUCCACAGCUGAUCCUUAUCUUCACUUUUGGGCUGCUGCUGUUCUUCUACGCUGAAAACUUAAGCAGGAGUCAGCUUUUCUUCUAUACGUCAGGAAUGAGCUUGGGUAUCUUGGCUUCAGCCGUUAUUGUCAUCUUCAUCCUGGCUCGGUUACUGCCCAAGAGAAGUUCUCUCUACUUGUUGGUAGCAGGUGGCUGGUCUGUGUCUCUGUAUUUGAUCCAAGUGACCCUAAGGAAUUUGCAGUUUCUCUUAAAAGAAUACUGGCAGUAUGUUUUAGGCUAUGUGACAGUUUCUGGCUUCAUCAGCUUUGCUGUGUGCUACAAGUAUGGCCCCCCUGAGGAGGAGAGAAGUAUCAAUCUGCUGAACUGGAGCCUGCAACUCUUUGGGCUGUUCCUAAUGUACUCCGGGAUUCAAGUACGACAGGUGGCCCUGACCCUGCUCAUUGUGGCUUUCUGCAUCAAGAACAUCGAACUGCCCUUUCAAUGGUCUUACACUGCAUACAAGAAGGUUUUCAAACUAAGAAACAAGCCAGAGCCCCGACGGCUUCUAACUGAGGAAGAAUUUCAAAAGCAAGGAGAAAUAGAAACCCAAAAAUCUUUGGUGGAACUGCGAAAGCACUGCAGCAGCCCUGAGUUCCAUCCGUGGAAAGUAGUGUCCAGACUUUCAACACCAAAGAGAUUUGCGGACUUUGUUGAAGGGGAGUGCCACCUCAACCCGAACGAAAGUUCUGUUCACGAACAAGAAUACGGUCUAGGCAGCCUGCUUGCUCUAGACGAUGAGAUGUCUGACGUUGAGUUUGACGACGACGACGACGAUGAAAAUUGAGACUGGGCCUUGGCAGAAAACGUUCUGCGCGAGCACUGUCGAUCGGAGUGGAGCGCCCUUUCUGUGGAGGAGGAAAUACUUUGCAAUGCUGCUUGUUGGACUCCUGACCUGGAUAAUUGAAAUAAUUAAGACAUUAACUACAGCAAUUACUUCAGUACAGGAGUGAUCUUUAUCUAGAUUGGACCAGUGGUGUUGGGGGCUGAUACUGUAUGAACUUGGUUCUCACACACCCCUAGUACAAAGGCCAUUCAUCAAACAGCUGUAGCAAGGGGUUUGCGCCCUGACUUCAGUCCCAUUUUGGGUGUUUUGAAUUUUUAGUGGCUUUACUGGGUCUUCUUAAAAGUUGAUCUGACCCGGUACACAAUACUUGGAAUUCAGAAGCCAAGAAACUAAUGGCUCCACUUUGAAAAAAAAACUUUCGUGAGGGUAGAUUGAAAAGAAAAGGUUACAUUUUGAUAUCCUUACUCCUUCAAGCUAAGAGAGGAAAACCCUGGAGAUAUUUCCAAGGCCUGGUGAACUUCCCAACACAAUCAUUGUUUACCUUUUAAGUUUUUUAUCAAUUUGUUGGUUAGAUUUGCUGUUAUAGAUAUUUGACGUUAAGGAAACUAUUUACAGUGUUUUCUAUUAUUUUAAUGCACCCUCUGUACUUUGGCAUUGCAACUAAAUGCGUAUCUGAAUCAAAAUAUAAAUAUUAACUAUAUUAACUGUAGAGUUGUGUGUUUAGUGCAGUCACACCAAAGUCCACGCACAUUUGUGUCUGGUUACUUGUGUCUGCAAAGAAAAUGUCAUGAUCUCAGUUGCUUUUUUUUCUCCCAACAAUGAAGUGGGUAUAGAAUAAUGUAGUUUUGUAUUUUGUUCUGUUUUGAGCAAUUUUAUCUUGGUUUUAAUCCUAUUAUAGGGAGUUGUGCACCUAAUGGCGUACUUAUCUUUCUCCAGGCUGUAUCACCCAUUCUUAAUCUAGUUUCAAAGCAAGGGGUCUUUAAUAACUCAAUCUGUACCCAACUGUGAUAUCUGUUCUCUCUGAGCAGUUGGAAGAAUGUACGAAUAGCUGAAACCAAAAAUAACAUUAUUUCAAUAGUUCAAUAGUUGGCAUAUCUUUUAAGUAACUUUAUUUUCAGUGGAAAUGUUAACAUGAUUACUUGUCUUGUCCUCUGCUUCAACCCACUCUGUUUUGACCUCAGCAUCCCGGAGGUGUAAAAAUGAGUGGGAGUCUAACGCAACCCAUAUUCUAUUCUUUAAACGGUAUUACAAGAGGAUAUUUCUCUUGACACUCAUUCUAUAGUGGGACUCCUGCAUUAAUGGGUCACUGGGCAAACACUGAUCCAAGCUAGACACUUUUAAACAGGAUCCUCGCUAUGGAAUGUGCACUUCAUUUUGAUUCAUUUUUAUACUUCCCUUGACACAGAAGUCAAAUCAUGUUGCUAGUUCCACUGAAAAUUUACACGUAAUUGGGGAAGGUGGAGGGGAAGAGACUUGAUGUUUUACAAAAAACAAAUCUCGAAUACCUUGUCCAGUAUUUGGAGUCUAUUUGAGCUCAUCAAUUUGCACUAUAUAUUUUGAGCUAGCUGAACAAUAUGGGAACCUUUGCAUUGCAGUGAUUUUUAUAUUGUUGAAUAUCUUGGCCAUGAUCUGGAGAAUAGAAUUGUGGUAGAGAUGGUGUAUUGCUACUUUAAAGGUAAUGUGUAAUGGAGUAUGGAUUACCAUCUUCACUUGCACUUGCCGUUCUCUCAAACUUCAUUCUUGCCUCUGCUAUUCACAACAAAUUAAAGUUGGUGCUACUUUUCCAUCUGUGCAAUGGUGGUGCUGCUGUGCUAGUCUGAAAUAUUCUUGAGGGUAACAAUGCUAUUACCCAACACUUUGGAGCCUCGGCAUGUUUGUAAGUUGGGGGUUUUAUUUACUGAUGCAACUGUUUUUGAUUCUUAGGACCUCAAGUUACUGUGGAUGAUGCUCUCUGGCGCAAUGACUUUUAGUGAGAUUGUUUAAAAUUCAGGUGUAAAAGCUAUGGCUAUGCAAUAACCAGACGCAGUCACAGUAUCCAAAUGCUCAGGCAGUUUAAACUAACCAAACCCGAGGCAAUGGCAUGUAUAAAAUGUAUGUUUAAAUCUGUGAAUAUCCCUGUGUUUUACUGUUAAACACUGAUUACAUGAGAAAUGAUCUGUUUUAUUGAAAGGAUAUUGAAUUCUAAUAAACAUAUCAGGAAAAUGUC